AUGGCUUCUAUACUCGGUCAAGCUUUCUCUUUCUUGUUCUUCGCUGUUGCUUUGUUUUCUCACCUGCAAUUCUGUUCUUGCUCUAACAGGCUCCUUAAUGCCACUUUAGCUAAUUCUGGUUGGUCGCCGGCUGUGGCAACAUGGUAUGGAAGCCCAACUGGCUUUGGGAGCGAUGGUGGAGCUUGUGGGUAUGGGAAUUCUGUAGGGCAGGCUCCUUUCUCCUCUAUGAUAUCAGCGGGAGGACCUUCUAUAUUUAAGAACGGCAAAGGCUGUGGGAUUUGUUAUCAGGUGAAGUGUACCAAUAAUGCAGCCUGUUCAGGGAAACCAGUGAAAGUAGUAAUCACCGAUGAGUGCAAGGGGGGCCCUUGUGACUCAGAUCCUGUUCAUUUUGAUUUGAGUGGGACAGCAUUUGGAGCCAUGGCAAUCUCCGGAAAAGGCGAUCAACUACGCAAUGCUGGGCGGUUGCAGGUACAAUAUCAAAGGGUGCAGUGCAACUAUCCAGGGGUAUCUGUCGCCUUCCAUGUUGACUCAGGUUCCAAUGGUUACUACUUUGCAACUGUAAUUGAAUUCGAAAAUGGAGAUGGUGAUCUUGCUGCUGUUGAUCUUCAAGAGUCAUCGCGCCCAGGUACGUGGCUUUCCAUGAAGCAGUCAUGGGGUGCAGUCUGGAGACUUGACGCUGGCUUUAAGUUGCAAGCUCCCUUCUCUCUCCGGCUUAAGACGAUUGAAUCCGGCAAGACUCUCGUAGCCACAAAUGUAAUUCCCAAAGAUUGGAAGCCCAAUGUGACCUACCGAUCUCAUGUUAAUUUCUGA